AUGUCGACCAAGAUAAUAUUUCCAUCCAGGUCGAACGCCUUUUCGGCGGUCAAGACGACCUCUCUGAGGCGGGACAGCAGCCAACCGGGUAUCGAUCAGAACGGUGUCAAGCGGAUCAAGCUAUCUUUUGCUCCUGGUCCUGCUCGACCUGCUUUCGACCCGGAUCAAGCGCUCAAGACGCUGACCUCGACGUUUCCCACAAUCCUCGGCGACAGGCCACUUCCCGCCAGUCAGACGCUGGAAUCUCUGUUCAAAAUCUGUCAAAAUCUCGUUUCCCCCCUUAUCAAGCUAGAUCCUGCCUCUUCAAAUGCCUGGCAAAAGACGGCUUACGCGAUCUACAAUGAGGCGGUCGGACAGCUCGAGAAGAGCUCUACCGUCAUCGGGAAAGACCUUCGAGCUAGCGUGCUCGCUGGAGGGGAUUCGGUCAAGGGGACAGCUUUUCUUCGGUUGAUCCUGGACAAAUGGACUGCUUGGGAGAGGUGCUCGAACCGUUUGAUUUCGGUGCUUUUGCACUUGGACCGCACGUUUGUCCUCCAGACCGCUGGAACCGAUCCUCUGAGAUCGGUCGCUCAGAGGACUUUCCGAGAAGCGGUGUUGAGUGAGAAGAUUAUCCAGGAGAGGUACUUGCAGGCCAUUGUCAGUUGGAUCAACGGAGAUCGCGAGCGGCACGAUCUAUCCUCGGACGGUACUGCGGGCCCCCUCUCUGAACUCGAUCAAAUCGACCGAAACGUUGUCCGCUCUUUCAUAACAUCCACCAAUUAUCUCGGUGCCUCGUCGCCCAUCAUUGAUGCUUACCUGCAGUCCACCACCGAUUACUACACUAAGGCGGUGGACAAACGGGCCCCCUCUUCCAAGAACACGGCUGGUAUGGCUGAUCAACAGGAGAAGCUUUACACGCAAUAUAUCUCCUGGGUGUCAGACAAGGGCCUGCAAGAGAAGGGUCGUUGUCAUGAUCUAUUUGGAGAUGAGACCUUGCCGACCGGAGCGGUCGUGCCCGGUGGCCGAGACGAGGUCUGGAAGUCUAUCAAGAGCGAGCUCAGAGCGACGUUGGUGAAAGGAUCGAUUAUUGCCAUGACUCAAUCCGCGCUGGAUGAGGCGAUGAACGCUUCGGACGCCGAGACUUUGCAAAAGCUUUACGUCCUCCUCGACAGCGACGGUGCCUACAAAGACUUCCGCAAAGCGCUCUCCCAUCACGUCAGGGAACGAGCUACCAAGCUCAUCUCGGAUCCCGCCAACGAUACCAAGAUGGUGGCUACCUUGCUCGACUUUAAGAGAUUCUGCGAAUCGACCGUCGAUGCCUUGUUGACAUCGGAGCCGAGUACGCUGCGGAACGAUGAUCAGCUGGCAGGCCCCAGUAAUCGAGAGACCAAGAGAAGGAACGCGCUCCAGAGUGAGAUUCGUGAUGGGAUCAAGGCUGGAGUGGAGACUCGUCAAGCCACGCCGGCCGAGCUCAUCGCGAAACAUCUCGACCAGACCAUGCGGAAGGGUCAAGGGUCCAUGUCCGCAGAAGCUUUCGAAAAGGUGCUCGACGAUAUCGUUGACUUGGUCAAGUUUACCAAGGACAAGGAUGUGUUCAAGGAAUUUUAUAUCACUCAAUUGGCGAAGCGUUUGUUGCUCGCGAGAAGUGCUAGUACCGAGGAGGAGAUCAACAUGGUCAAGAAGUUGCAGAGCGAAUACGGCGAGGAGUUUACGACGGGUGACGCAAUGAUGAAGGACUUGUCCCAGUCGGAGGACAUGAAUAAGAAGUUCCAGGAGCUUCGCAUGUCGACCGGGAAAGACCCCACCAACCUGACCGUCAACGUUCUAUCUCAAGGGCAGUGGCCACCGUACAAGCAGCUGGGUAAAGGGUGGGAACAAUUCGCACUGAUUCCCAGCAUGCAACGCGAACUCGACGGCUUCGAGGCCUGGUACAAGCAUACGUUCUCUGGGCGAAUGCUUUCGUGGCGUCAUCAGCACACGUCAGUGACGAUGACCGCCAGAUUCCCCGGAGGAAACAAGGAAAUUGGAGUCAGCUUGUUCCAAGCAACAGUGUUGCUGCAGUUCAACGACGUGGACACGCUCAACUUUGAAGAAUUGCUAGCGAGGACCGGAAUCGAGAGAGAGGAGCUGGUUCGAACGCUGCAAUCUUUAUACGCUCUGAAGGUGACUCGAGUGCUUGUCAAGCGGCCACCUGGAAAAGACGUCAACCCGACCGAUACCUUUACCUGGAACUCUGGAUUCACUCGUGACAAGGUUCGGUUCAAGAUCAAUCAGCUUCAGCAGGAUCUUUCGGCCGAGGAGAGCAAACAGACCAGCGAGAAGGUGUUUGAGGACCGUAACUUGACUCUGGAUGCUCAGAUCGUCCGCAUCAUGAAGAGCAAGAAGCAGCUGAAGCUGCAGGACCUCAUCAACGAGGUCAUUGACGCUGUCAAAAAGUUGUUCCAUCCCGAGGUCAAGGCGAUCAAGGCGCAGGUGGAAAGUCUCAUAGAAAGAGAGUACAUUGAGCGAAAUGAAGAUUAUCGUGACGUGCUCACGUAUCUGGCGUGAGGUACGAGGCAUUUCUUGUAUGAGGACGUGCCGUUUCGUUUUUCUAUCCACGUUAUGGAAUCAGAUUUUCCGUGAAUGGUUCGCCGUUCCCAGGAUCCAGGCCAACAUACAAACG